UGAGGGUUGACAUUUGGUAUUCAUAACAUAUUUCCGAUAACAUAGGGCAUAGGUACAUAUUCAAAAAAUUGAUUUAAUUUUAUAAUUCAUAAUUUACAAAUUGUACAUAACAAAAAUAUUGUAUGAAAUUUUUUAUAUAUACCUUAUAUGUACGCACAUGCAUGUUUUCUAAUUACUGAAAUGUUGUUGCAGUAUUAUCAUUGUGAUUUAAAGUGUUUUUUUACCUAGAAUAGUCAUUUAAGCAUAAUUUAUUGAUUUAUUUAAGAGUGAUGUUUAUGAAAAUUUUGCAUACAAUGCUGACGAAAACAAUAUUCAUUUGGUUUGUUUCCACAAUUUCUUUAAUAUAUGUUGCUGGAAAAGAUGUGAAACACCAACAACCGAGUAAAUUAAACGAGUGUCUUCAGUGCAAGGUUUACAGUGAUUCGUUUAACAGCUGGUUAGAGAAGACUUCCCGUGGAAAGUUUGAAGGUGGAGAUGCUGCUUGGGAAGAAUCGAAAUUAAAAUCAUAUGCACAAAGUGAGGUUAGACUGGUUGAAAUACAAGAAAAUCUUUGUUCAGAAUUAAGUUCACAUAAAGACGAGUGUUACUCAAUUGCAGAGCAAGCAGAGCAUUUAGUAGAAAAAUGGUGGUUAGAAGAGAUGGAUAAAUCAUCAGAUUUAUAUACUUGGCUCUGUAUGGAUAAUCUUAAGUUUUGCUGUCCAACGAAUCACUUUGGUGAGUUAUGUGAACCCUGUCCCGUGCACAGUAAUAAGAUAUGUAGUGGGCAUGGUGUUUGCAGUGGAGAAGGAACCAGAAAAGGAGAUGGUUCUUGUAUUUGCAAUAAAGGCUAUACAAGUGAAGUCUGUGAUCAGUGUGAAAUAAAUUAUUUUAAUGUUGAUGGUGAGUGCAAACCUUGCCACAAAGCAUGUCAAGAAUGCUUUAGUUAUGGACCUGACAGGUGUAAAGUUUGUGCUUCUGGUUGGCAAUUACAAGAUGGAUUAUGUAGUGAUAUUGAUGAAUGCACUUCUAGUUCAGUCUGUAAGAGUAAUCAAUUUUGUAUCAACAAUAUAGGAUCAUACCAUUGUUUACCAUGUGAUAAAUCGUGUAAUACAUGUACAGGAUUUGGUCCAUACAAUUGUACUACAUGUAAGCCAAAUGAUAGACUGUGGUCUGGAAAAUGUAUGGAUGAUAAAACAACUAAUGCACAUUUAUCUAGUGCUGAUAAAAGAUUAUUCUUAUAUGUUUCGUUAAAUACUCUAAUGUAUCUUUUUUACCAAAAAGCCAAGCCAUUAGCUGUAGUGAUGGGAGCCUCACUUUCAAUUUUGAUCUUUAAAUUAGAGAGUGUUUCUGAUAUAACUGUAAUAGACACAGUAAAAAAUUAUGUAAUUAUAUUUUUAGAAUCAAAUGAAUUGCUGUGAGAAAAUAAAAUAAUUUGGUAAAGGUGUAUUAAAAAUACAUUUUAUUGUGAAAAGGUUCAUAGCUACAUUUUAGUAUCAUUUAUAUACAAAAAUUAAAUACAAAAUCCAAAUAAUACAAAAUCUAACCUUAUAGGUACAUACUCUACACACAACAUCAGAGAUAACAAAAUCUAAAUUGGGUAUGAACAAAGGGUAACCAUAUUUAAAAUGUGUUCCUAGAUUUUACCCUACCGGGUUAUAAUAAUUACAUUGGCCGCUGAUUUGGCAGUGUAAUUUAUUGUCACUGUAAUGAUUUUCAGUUGUAAACUUUGUAAAAGUAUAUAUAAAAUAAUUACAAAAAAUUAAAUAUAAUAAUAAACUUUAUAGAAGCUUGAUGUAACUAUUGACAGACAUUUGAUGAUUAAAUUGUUACUGGUCAGAAAGGAAAACUUAGCUACCAAGUGCAUUUAUUAUGUAAUAACCAAAUGGAAAAGGUAAAUGUAUGAUAUCAAAUAGUGUCUAAUUUUUAUAGUAACUAAAUAAUUAAACAUUUAAGCACAAAUAAAGAAUACUGUAAACAGAGUAAUUCAUAUCUAUACCCUCAAGUCAUGUUUCAAAUAAAAAACCUCAUUACGAAGCAAAAUUGGUCAUUGUAUCAUGACCACUAAUUGUCCCUUUAAAUUUUGAUAAAAUGACUUGUGCAAAUAAUAUUAUUUCAUUUACUAUUCAACUAACAAUAUGCAAAAAUAAACAAAAUAUGAGUAAAAAGUUAGUCAGUAUAAAUAGUACACAAGUGAAAUGCUUAUAUUUGUGUUAUAUAUAAUAUUAUAUCUAAAAUAUUGUGUAAAAGCUGUCAGAAAAUAACUGUGACUCAAUAAAGCUAGAAGGAAAGUACACAAAUACACAACUGUGAUUUCUACAUUUUCUACGAGCAUCUUGGGGUAGUAUGAACUUGCCUGCUCUUCAUAAUAGGUAGUAAGUAGAAUUUAGGUUGCAGAUGCAGGUUACGACAAAUUUCUGUGAAGUUUAUAAAAUAAAGCCACCUAAACAACUAAAUUUGGCUUGUUUUGUAUUGCGGGUGAGAAUUCGUAAUCAGAAAUUUUUGAUGUUUUUAGAGAAUCGUUAUGGUUAGGCUUUUUUCUUCCUAAACUACACAGACAUAAGGAAUCCGGUGCUCGGCACACAAUGCACUACGGACAUAGAGUAAGUAAUAUACCACAUAACCAUGCAUGACCAGCAGCCAAGUUUAUACUAUAGCGAGACGCUCAUUUCUAGUAUUUUUCCAUGUCUAUUCAUUAUGGUGUACAGAUAUUGAAUCAAAAUAAAUGACUUUCAAAUGAA